CAAUCAUUUUCGAAAAAUGUAGUACUCUACGAGGGAGGAGAAAAAAAAGGAAGAAAGAGAGAAAAAGGAAAGAGAAGGAAAAAGUCAUGGAGGGCAGGGGAGCGCUUCCUGAUUUCCAGUGAAGCAAAGGGCAAGUUGGGAAAGAGGGAUAACAGAGGUGUCAACACCACCGCCAUGGCUAACAGGCUAAGGUUUGAUUAUGUGGGUAUGGGGACUGGUGACCGGUGAGAGCAGUGAAGAAGAAGGGAAAAUGAUAGUGCCACAGUGACGGUGGUUGUUGUAUUCGCCUUCCUGCCUUCUGGUACUGCUCUUUUGAAUGCUCUCAUUACCCGCCGCCUGCUUAGUUCCCACCCACCCUCUCUCUCUCUCUCUCUCUCUCUCUCUCUCUCUCUCUCUCUCUGGAGUACUGUUAUAACCCACCUUCGUCUUCCUUCAGUUGCUGCAUCAUUUUCUUUCCCACAACCCCAACUUCCCAGAAAAUGAGGAAGUGAUUCUCUUUCGGUCUCUGGAAGUAUUAGUUGUCUGAUAUUUCACUUUCUCAUUUACUUUCUCGCUGGAAAAAGUGCCGCUGCUACCAUCCAUGGAGGUAGCAGAGGAUUGCUGCGUCAAGGUUGCGCUUCACAUCCGCCCGCUCAUACCCGAUGAACGCCUUCAAGGUUGCAACGACUGUGUCACCGUCGUACCCGGGAAGCCUCAGGUACAAGUUGGUACACAUUCUUUUACAUUCGAUCAUGUCUAUGGAAGUAGUGGUUCUCCAUCACACUCCAUGUUUGAAGAAUGCGUCGCCCCACUUGUUGAUGGUUUGUUUCAAGGAUACAAUGCCACUGUUCUUGCAUAUGGUCAGACAGGGUCUGGGAAAACAUACACCAUGGGGACUGCUUUCAACGAUGGUUGCAAUACAGGAUUGAUCCCUCAAGUUAUGAAUGCACUAUUCAACAAGAUUGAGAUGUUGAAGCAUCAAAUUGAAUUCCAGUUGCAUGUUUCAUUCAUAGAGAUUCUAAAAGAAGAAGUGAGGGAUUUGCUGGAUUACCCUUCUUUGAGCAAGUCGGAGACCAAUGGACAUGCUGGGAAAAUUACUGCCCCUGGGAGACCACCAAUACAAAUUCGUGAAACAUCAAAUGGAGUUAUAACAUUAGCAGGGUCAACUGAAGUAGCUGUCAGUACACUAAAAGAAAUGGCUGCUUGCCUGGAGCAAGGAUCACUAAGCAGGGCAACAGGGAGCACAAAUAUGAACAACCAGUCCAGUCGGUCGCAUGCCAUCUUCACCAUCACAUUGUCACAGAUGCGUAAACUUCAUCCAGUUUGUCCUGGCGAGACCAAUCCACAUGUGGAUGUGGGUGAAGAGUACUUAUGUGCAAAACUUCAUUUGGUUGAUCUGGCUGGAUCUGAACGAGCUAAAAGAACAGGCUCUGAUGGUGUACGUUUUAAAGAGGGUAUUCACAUUAACAGGGGGCUUCUUGCACUUGGUAAUGUCAUCAGUGCAUUAGGAGAUGAGAAAAAGCGGAAAGAAGGCAUGCAUGUUCCUUAUCGAGAUAGUAAACUAACUCGACUCUUGCAGGAUUCGCUUGGUGGUAACAGCAAAACUGUUAUGAUCGCUUGCAUCAGUCCUGCUGAUAUCAAUGUUGAGGAAACUCUUAACACUCUCAAAUAUGCUAACCGUGCUCGCAAUAUUCAGAAUAAGCCUGUUGUUAAUAGAGAUUUAGUAUCAAAUGAAAUGCAAAAGAUGCGGCAGCAGCUGGAGUACUUGCAAGCAGAGCUUAGUGCUCGUGGGGGAGGAGCUUCAUCUAAUGAAGUGCAGGUUCUUAAGGAAAGGAUUGCCUGGCUUGAGGCUGCAAAUGAGGACCUUUGCCGAGAACUUCAUGAAUAUCGCCGCGGACAUGCUAUUGCAGGGACAGAUGCUCAAGAUGGUUCCAUAAAUUUUAUGAAAAGUGAGGGACUUAAGAUGGGUGUGCAGAAUUUGAACUCAUCUGAUUAUCCAAUGGUUGAAGCUGUUACAGGUGAAAACUCCGGAGAAAUUGAUGAAGUAGCAGAAAAAGAGUGGGAGCAUGCACUUCGUCAAAAUACCAUGGACAAAGAGUUGAAUGAGUUAAACAAACGUUUGGAGCAGAAAGAGUCCGAGAUGGAACUUUUUGGAGGGCUGGAAACUGAAGCUCUUAAGCAACACUUUGGGAAGAAAAUCACCGAACUUGAGGAAGAGAAAAGAACCGUGCAGCGAGAGAGGGACCGUUUGCUGGCUGAAGUUGAAAACCUUGCUGCUACUUCUGAUGGACAAGCACUGAAAAUGCCAAACAUUCAUGCACAGAAAUUGAAAGCGCUCGAGGCACAAAUCUUAGAUCUUAAGAAGAAACAAGAAAACCAGGUUCAGCUUUUAAAGCAAAAACAAAAAAGUGAGGAAGCAGCAAAACGACUGCAAGAUGAAAUACAUUGUAUCAAGGCUCAAAAGGUUCAAUUGCAGCAUAAGAUCAAGCAAGAAGCAGAACAAUUUCGACAAUGGAAGGCCUCUCGUGAGAAGGAGCUGCUACAGCUAAGGAAGGAGGGCAGGAGAAAUGAGUAUGAAAGACAUAAACUGCAAGCACUAAAUCAGCGCCAGAAAAUGCUUUUUGCUUGCUAUCCAUUGCAGGUUCUUCAAAGAAAAACUGAAGAGGCUGCUAUGGCAACUAAAAGGCUGAAAGAGUUGCUUGAAGGCCGCAAGUCUUCAGCUCGUGACAACCAUGUUUACUCUAAUGGGCACUCACCAACUGGGCAGAGCAAUGAAAAAAAUUUGCAACAAUGGCUUGAUCAUGAGCUUGAAGUCAUGGUGAAUGUGCAUGAGGUUCGAUUUGAGUAUGAGAAGCAAAGUCAAGUACGAGCUGCACUAGCGGAAGAGUUAGCCUUGUUGAAACAAGUAGAUCAAGCUUCUAUGAAUGGGCAUAGUCCAAGAGGAAAGAAUGGAUAUUCUAGAGUGUCCUCCAUGUCACCAAAUGCAAGAAUGGCAAGAAUAGCUUCGCUUGAGCACAUGCUGAGCAUAUCUUCAAAUACACUUGUGACUAUGGCUUCACAACUUUCAGAGGCAGAAGAGCGGGACCGUGCCUUUUCCAGUCGUGGACGUUGGAACCAGUUACGCUCCAUGGGAGAUGCAAAGAACUUGCUUCAGUACAUGUUUAAUGCUACAGCAGAUGCAAGGUGUCAGUUGUGGCAAAAGGAGAGGGAAAUAAAUGAGAUGAAAGAGGAAUUGAACGAGCUUCUAAUUCUAUUGAAACAAAGUGAAGCUCAUCGAAAAGAAAUUUUGAAGGAGCAAAAGCUGAAGGAGCAAGCUGUUGCUGCUGCCUUGGUUACAUCUGCUUCGGGUGCUCCACGUGGUUCAUUGAAACACUUUGCAGAUGAUAUGAGUGGUCCAUCAUCUCCAAUAUCGCUACCAGCUCAAAAGCAACUCAAAUUUACAGCUGGGAUUGCUAAUGGGUCAAUUAGAGAGUCAGCAGCAUUUUUAGACCAGACGAGAAAGAUGGUACCAAUUGGGCAGUUGUCAAUGAAGAAAAUGGCGGUAGUAGGACAAGCUGGGAAACUCUGGAGGUGGAAAAGGAGCCAUCACCAAUGGCUGUUGCAGUUCAAAUGGAAGUGGCAGAAGCCUUGGAAGCUUUCAGAAUGGAUCAAGCAUAGUGAUGAAACAAUCAUGAGGUCAAGGCCUCGUCCACACGCUCUGGUUGAUGUCAUGGGAUAAUUCACAAACACAAGCUUUCAUGGCCUCUCAUUUUGCUGUAUAUACAUCUUGACUGCCCUAUGUGAAUUGACAUGCAGUGAGAUCAGAAACGACUGAAGGUAAUCACCCUCUGCCUAUGAACUGCAUAGCAUUUUUUUUUGGGAAAUGUGAAAUUCUGCUUGCUCCUUGGAUUUCUUGAGAGCCGAUGUCUUUUGCAAAAUGUUGGCCUUAUUUGUGCUACAUGGAUUGUCGCCAUUUGGGUUGUUUGCUAGAGUUUCUAUGGUUUAAUUUCUUAAAAGAGAGUUGAAAAAUAUAUCAGGCAUUGAACUUCAUUUUCAAUCACUCUUGAAUUUUAAGAAGCCAGCAGAUUUUCUUUGCCAUCUAGCACGAUAAGCAAGUUCACCUGCUCAUCAUUAACUUCUUCCCUUUCAAAUGAAUGCAGGGGUGUGUUGUUUUUGGCUGAGGAGAUGGGGUGUGCAUCCAACUUCCACCAUCCUUGGCUAGGAUUUUUUGAUGUUUGAUUGUAUAGUCAUUGGUUUCGAGUGAUUAACUACUAUACAUCAAAAGCAUUUUGUGAAGACUGGUGGGAAGGAAUUUUUUUAAAAAACCAGAGGCAGGUGAUUUAUGUGGGCGACCGGGCAUAAGGUGGAAGUGCUGUUCGUGAUGUGGUCGUAUUUUGUUCUUUUCUUCCCCUCUAAAUUUUGUAAUGUUACUUAAAUUCAGUGAAUUAGAGGAUUUCCCCCCUUAUAUAAAGUCCUUGUAUGUUGCCUCAA